UUAGACGUCAACAGUGGUCAAAACACCGCACAUGGUAGAGGGGAAGUUACGACUACAAUUACGCUAUAUGAAUUAGUAUUCAAAUAUGAAAACUGUACAAAUCAAUUGUACCCCUCAAGUACUUCAUGUGACAUUGCUAAAUCGAGAACAGAUCAAUAAUAAAGAUUACGAAAAGAGAUCAAUUGAUAUUCAGGUACCACCCUGCCAUGACCAUGAUGACUGAUGGUCAGACAUCUUUUGCAUAGAUUGAUACAAGUGAGUCACCACCAUGCCCAGUGCUGGGGCAGUUUGUCCCCCAUUAAUUGUGCCUGUUAGACGGCAUGUAACAGGCCUCGCAACCAAUAAAAUAGACACAACAACACUCAUAGAAAUCACCACAGAAACACCUGACUGUAAACUAUAUUUCACCUCUGAUGGAACAAAGCCCUCUCCUUUUCAAAGAAAGAUUGGAGGACGUGAACUCACCUUCAAAUAUUCAGCUCCAUUCACACUCAAAGCAGGAAAGCGGACACUGAAGGCAGUGGCUGUCACAAGAGAUGGAAUCAAGGAGAGUGAUGUUAUGACAAAGCAGUUUGUAGUGGAGGAUGUUGGACAGGUAAAACAUGCUGAUUCCACGACGGAUUACUACUCCACCGAGGACUACACAAGUUUUUUUGAGAGUUCUGACCUCGAUACAGACACAACAUGCAAGUCCUCGUCCAGUGCCUGCACCCUUAAAAACAAAAGGAAGCCCAAACGGAGUAAGUCUCCGACCAGAUCAAAAUCCCCUAUGAGGGCCUCUUUAAGGUCCUCCUUGAAAAAGUCACCAAAGGAAGCAUGGGCCAGCAGUCACACAUUCGAUAACUUCGGAGCUGAGGACGGGCGACACAGCCCCCCACAGCCACCUCUACCUGAGGGCCCUUUUAACCCCACCAAUUACUCAGGUACGCAGAUAAAUGUUUGGGGUGCACCUCCAGGAUCCUGGCCAGGGAUGAACGCCAAUAAUGGGGCAGUCACAUUUGGUGUACCAGUCCCAAACAACCCCUACCCCACACAGACCGGAUUCCUUACAGAGAACAUGAUCAGUAGCUGUAAUCCAGAGAAUCGUCAUGUUACCGUGGGAGAUAUACGUCAGAUGAUGAACAAACAACGCCCAGCUAUAGAGGAACCACCAAAAGAACCACCAAAGGCCAUAGAGCUACCACCUGCCCCAAAAGAGCCGGAGCUAGAGGCUGUUAGUCCUGGAAACGGUGACUUCAAAGGAAACAUCAGGCAUGUUUAUGCUCACAUGCUGGAAUUUGCAAAAAACAAUAAAGAUUUUCGUCUUCGAGUUGCAGAACCAAAAAUUGGAAGAAUGCAUGAAGCCAAAUUUGAAGAUGAAGGAGAUGGCUACAGAAUUACCUUGGUGAUGGGUAAACCGGGCGUGCCACGAGGAUCCCUACGCAAACCUCCAAAGGUGGAGACGAAAACCAAGAAACCCCCCACGCCCCCAUCCUCCACCGGGAAGAAAAAGAAGGAGACCCCACCCAAAUCUGACCCCUAUUUUGCCAUGGAAACAGAAGAUCUAUCGGUGGAAGGCACGGUGAAACCAUAUGAUAAAUUCAAUGCAGAACAAGACGCCGAAGUACUUCGGGGUGCCAUGAAGGGGCUAGGAACAGAUGAGGAUGCCAUCACGAAUAUUUUGGCAUACAGAUCCAAUCCACAAAGACAGGAAGUCAGGACGUCAUUCAAAACAAUGUUCGGAAAGGACCUGAUAGAGGAACUGAAGAGUGAGCUCAGCGGCCAUUAUUUGGAUGCCUGUAAGGGACUUAUGAUGGCUCCGGUUGAGUUUGAUGCUUACCAACUUCGCAAAGCCAUCAAGGGCUUAGGAACAGAUGAGGAUGUGUUGAUCGAGAUUCUGUGCACACGGUCUAAUGCCCAGAUCAAGGAAAUCAUCAAAACUUACAAAACGUUGUUUAACAAGGACUUGGAGAAGGACAUUAUUGGUGAUACCUCAGGACAUUUAAAGCGGUUACUGGUGUCACUAGUACAGGCAAACAGAAGCGAUAGCAAGGAAGUGGAUCGUAACAAAGCCAGACAGGAUGCGAAAGCCUUACUAGAUGCAGGGGAAGGGAAGUGGGGUACGGACGAAUCCCGCUUCAAUGUCAUUCUCGUAACACGCAGCUAUCCUCAGCUCAGGGCGACAUUCGAUGAGUACGAGAAAAUUUCCAAGAAGAACAUGGUGGAGGCUCUGAAGAGCGAAAUGUCUGGAGACCUCCUGAGGGGAAUGCUGACUAUCGUUCGAUGUGUCCGGAAUAAGGCAGCCCACUUCGCGUAUCAGCUCCAGAAGACAAUGAAAGGAAUGGGGACAGAUGAUGACACCCUUGUACGUGUUGUUGUGUCACGGUGUGAAAUCGACAUGGUCCAGAUUAAAGAAGAAUUCCAAAAACUGACAGGACAAACACUGGAGCAAUUUAUAGCUGAUGAUAUCUCUGGAGACUACAGAAACAUUAUUUUGGCUCUGGUGGUGGGAGGUCCACCCCCCAACACAGCUUCCAAAUCUGGAAAAGGUUUUGUGGAAGCUGUGAAACACAAAACGGAGGAAGAAUUGGAUGAGGAAGUCCGAAUGGAGACAGAAAAUAUAACGGAGGACCCCACAGUGAAGCCAGCCGAGAAUUUUAAUGCAGAGAGUGAUGCUGAGGCACUACGGAAAGCCAUGAAAGGCUUUGGAACUGAUGAGCAGGCCAUCAUAGAUGUUCUAGGUUAUAGAUCAAACGCACAGAGAGUAGAAAUUGUUAAAAUUUACAAAACAAUGUUUGGAAAGGACCUGAUCAAGGAUUUGGAAGGAGAGCUGAGUGGGGGGCUCAAGGUCAUCUGUAGGGGUCUGUGUAUGAGUCCAGAAAACUUUGAUGCCAUGUGUCUCAACAAAGCCAUCAAGGGCCUUGGAACAGAUGAACAGGUGCUUGUUGAAGUCAUCUGUACCCGUUCAAAUGAACAGAUCAGGAAGUUUAAGGAAGCCUACAAAACAUUGUAUGGUAAUCAGUUGGAAGAGGACAUAGCCGGGGAUACCUCGGGUCACUUCAAACGUCUGCUGAUUGGACUGCUGCAAGCUAAUAGGGACGAAAAUAAAGAAUUUGACAGAAACAAGGCGAAGCAGGAUGCACAGGCAAUGCACGAGGCUGGAGAGAAGAAAUGGGGAACAGACGAGUCGAGAUUUAAUGUCAUACUUGUCGCUAGGAGUUAUGCCCAGCUGCGUGCUACCUUCCAGGAGUACGCUAAACUCGCAAACAAAGACAUUGAGGAUACGCUGAAGAGUGAAAUGUCUGGAGAUCUUCUGCAGGGCAUGCUGGCCAUAGUGCGAUGCAUCCGUGGCAAGGCUUCUCACUUUGCGACAGAACUGUACAAGUCAAUGAAGGGUCUGGGCACGGACGAUGAUCGCCUCUGUCGUGUGAUCGUGUCUAGGUGUGAGGUAGAUAUGGUGCAAAUCAAAGAAGAGUUCCAAAAGCAGUACAAGCAGACACUAGGCAUGUUCCUAGCAGAUGACAUAUCUGGAGAUUAUAAGAACCUUUGUUUUGCACUGAUUGGAGAAUCUGUAGCAAAACCAGCAAAGAAAGAAAAGAAAGGAUGGUUCUCCUAGAUUCUACACCACUCCGUCAUUAAAUGACCAUUCCUCAGAUAAUAUCUGACAUUCCAAGUUUAUGUGCGGAGUUUGUCAUCAAUCUGGUCUUAGUUCAUAGUACAGGGAUUCUUCCUCAAGUGCAGACAAAAUUCUACCUGAAUAUUUAUCUUAGGGCUUUCAGUUUUGUUAUAAUCUCUAUAUAAACAUGGACAUUAGAUUUUUAACAUUCUGAAUAAUUUUACAAUUAUUGCUUUAUAGAUAUAUUGUUAUGUAUCAAUUUAUUGUAUAGUUUUGGUGACUUUCUGUAUAACAACAACAUGUUUCUAGUGAAUCAUAUGUAUAUAGUGUAUAGGUGAAUAUAAGAGGGCAUCAAUCAAUGAGAAAAUAUAUGAAACCAGCCUUAACAAACCUGUGUUAAAGUCUCUUAAAUAGAGAAGGUAAUACAUUAUGUAUAGAAGAUAUGAUUAAUGUAAAAAAUAAGUGACCUUUAAAGAAAGGUCACUACAAGUGUAGCAUAAACUGACAUGCUGGUCGUAUCAAUUUAUUUGCAUUUUAAUGAGAAAAGUACAAUUGAAACUAAAUCUUAUGUAAAAGAAAAAAUUAAUAAUUUUUUUACAGAAAAUUUUCAAAACUUUCUGCAUUUACAAAUACACUAAUGAUGCUGCCACCAUGAGUGGCAGACAUUCAUUGUUCAAAGGUCAGUCUGUAAUAUUGAUACUGCCAUUCUUAAUGAUGUUUUUGAUUUUGUUAUUUGGCAUUUUAUAAAAAUAAUCAUGUAAUAUCAAUUUGGACCUUUUUUUAUGUUGUCUGAGAUACAUUAUUUACUGUUUUUUCCAUAGUCAUUGUUUACAUAACAUAGUUUACAAUUAAAAAAAACCACAAACUUCUUUGGGUUUUAGUGGAACGAAGUCAUUCAACAUUGUCGUCUCACCCAUAAAACUCUUCUAUUUUCAUGAAACUGUGUAUAUUAAAUUGCUUAGAAGGUUC